UUUUUCCUGUUUCUCUUUGCAUGCCAGGCCAGCCCCUUCCUCUGCCUCCCAUGAUUGAAAGCAAAGCAUCCUAUGGUGCCAUCCUCCUGCAUCAGUACAUCUCUCUCUGGGAUGUGUUGCCAACCCUUUUACAGCCCAUCAAGUCAGAGCUCCCUGUGAACAUGGAGAACCUGCCCCUGAACGACAGCAUUGGGCAGCCCUAUGGAUAUGUGCUCUAUGAGACUGUCAUCUUUGGGGGUGGCCAGCUGCACACCCAGGACCACGUCCGGGACCGGGCACAGGUGUUUGUUAACACCAUGUACGUGGGGGAGCUGGACUACAACACAGUGGAGCUCUCCAUUCCUGAGGGACAG